AUGAUGUUAUUUGCCGUAAUUUCUACCAUCUGCAUACUUUUGAAUCUGAUCGACAAUGAUGUUCUUACUGUGAAAGCCUGUCACAACCGUCUACACGCUCUGGUAGCCAAUGUAAUGCUCACUUUCUACCGAAAGGAACUCGCAAAUUGGCGCACUUCGAGGGUGAUCAUCCGCCAGAGAACUUGUUCAGGGCCUAAAGAACGUCAACUUCGUGGUAAGUUGCGCGACUCGUUGAGUGAAGAAGCAAGUGUGUGUGGAAACACCUUACAAGAAGAGCUUCGCAGAUCUAUCUUUGUGGAAAGGAAAGCGACUACGAGCUAG